ACAUACAAGACUUGGUGAUUGUUUCUCCUCCCUACUUCCUAAAAGAUAUCUAUCGAGCAGCCAGCCUCAAAACAAACUGUGAGAGCCCUCCUUUGGAGCAGAGGUUGGAUAAGUUGAUGAUGUAUAAUUUGGAACUUUUAUGCUUUGCCUAUGUUGGCGACCGAAGAUCAGUGGUAUCGAUACUCUUGAGUCAUGAGCAUGCUGGUGACAUCUUUUUUCAUCCCAAGAGUCGAGAACUACACGGGUUAGCCAUGAAGAUGCAUAUGCUAGAGGAUGAAAUGAGCAUUUGCAAAAUCAUGACCCUCUAUUCAAUAGAGGGAUGCUCCCUGCAAUCAAUCGAGAAUAUAUUCAGAACUUCGAAAACCAAAGGAAGACUGAUAUAUAACCACAUGAUCUCGGUGUAUGGAAAACACUAUGCUGAGGAUGCAGACCGGUUGUUUCUGGAGAUGGUCAAGACAAUUCGUCCCAAUGGUUACACAUUCAGGUACCUUCUCGAGGCAUGGACGAUAGCAUGUGACCCAGAAAGAACUCUCAAAGUCUUUCAAUCAAUGAAGAUUUAUGGAGUUGAGCCUGACUCGGUUCAUUAUGGGGCAAUUGUUGAUUGCUAUGCAAGGAUGAGGACACCGUACUACAUCCAUAUGGCGAUCUUGUUUCUAAAGGAACAUCCGAUUGCACAGGGACAGUAUGCGUUUAACACAAUUCUGAACAGAUGUGUCCCUCAGCAGAUAGCUUCUUCAAAAGAAGAAAUGGAAGAGAUCGAGGAGACCAUUAAACUUGCUCAAGAUAUGGUUGAUCAUUUUGAUGAGAAGGGAUUCAUGUAUGCGGUUCUUGAGAAAACAUACUGGAGGCUAGAGAAUCAUGGGUUGAAGUGGCCUUGGACUGUUAGCAAAACAAGAGGAGAAUGA